AUGGAUCGCUAUCGUUACUUUAUCUUUAACCACCGGAGCAUGGUGAUUUUGGGAAUCCUGCAGAUAGCAUGUGCUGGGAUCUCCAUUGUGUGCGGCUUCGUGGAUGGUGCUUUCAGGAAAGAAUCCAUGUUGGGCAACACUAGAGCGCCACUUUGGGCUGGGGCGGUAAUACUCUAUUAUAUCUUCAAUGCCUUAAAUCCAAGUUUUGAGUCUUGAUUGUUGUUGGCAUUAUGUAAAUAUAUAAUGCAUUAGAAUCUGGAAUGCACUUCCACCCAAAAUUCCUCACACCAUAUUAAUAUCAGAUGGAAUAGGUUGAUCGGGAAUUAAGCAGAUUAUUUUAACUUCUAUUUUUCCCUUCUAGAUUAUGGCUAUUCCUGGGGUGCUAGCUUUGUUUUCUUCACAGAAGAAGAACCCAAUUAUAGUAAGUUAUGAUCUUUUUAUUGUUAUCUGUUUAAUCAUUGAUGGAACCCUCAACCCAAUUCAUACAUGCUGACUGGUCAAUAAAAUUAGCUGUUUGAGAGUUUACCAAUGUGCUUUACCCAGUACCACCCCAGUCAUUGACCUCUUUCUAAUCUAAUCUAAUCUAACUUAAUCUAAUCUAGGGCAUUUAAAAUGCCUGUAUGUUCGUACAUACAAAUAUACAGCAGUUCUAGCACAGAGUGUAAAAUCAGAGCCUUUUUUAUAUAGGUCUAUAUUGUCUCUGCAAUCCUCACUUGUUUUUAUUUAAAGGAUCACUAUAGUGCCCCCACCCUCAGGGUUAAAACCCUUUCAGCCACUUGCCUUAAUACAGCGCCGGGCUCCCUUGGCGCUGGUGACUUCUUCGCCCCUGCCGACGUCAGCGGAGCCAAAUGCGCAUUUGCGGGAAGCGCCGUGCGCAUUCAAAAUGUCCAUAGGAAAGCAUUUCUCAAUUCUUUCCUAUGGACGCUCUGCGUGAUGGAUGCAAAAUUUGCAUCCAGCAUCGCAAAUGCGCUUCUAAUGGCUGUCCGGAAGACAGCCACUAGAGGCUGGCUUAUCCCCAAAUCUAAACAUAGCCGUUUCUCUGAAACUAUGUUUGCAUCUGAAGGGUUAAAACUAGGGGUGCACCGAAAUGAAAAUUCAGGGCUGAAACCAAAAAUUCAGAAUGCCCUUGACCGAAAACUGAAACCGAAAUUGCCUUUUUGCCCAAAUACUUUUAAAAUACUAUUUAUUUAUUUUUUAAUGAUUUUAUUAAUAUAAUUCUUUUUAAUGAAUUUAAUAAAUCAAAUAUGAAAAACUACAAGCCAAUAAAAUAAAUAACCACACUUAUUGAGAGUAACACACCAAAACUGAACAGAAAAUAGCUUAAAAAAAUAUAUAAAUAAAAAUCUAUUAACCCUGUUUACUAUAUAUAACUGAUACUAAUAAUUGAAUACCCUACCAAUAAACAAACAUAUCAUUUUUUUAAAUUUUUUUUUUUAUUCUUUAUUUUUGAGUGCGCGAAUGAACAAAGCAGCGUACUCUGCCACAACAGCAUUUGUAAGCACAUUAAUGCAGCAGCUACUGGUAAAUUUCUAAAUAAAAUUAGAUCCCAAUAAAAUGACAUUAAUUAAAUAUUUAUUUGUAGUGUGUGUGUGUGUGUGUGUAUAGAAUGAAUGGUGUGUGCGCAUUCACACACUCUGCAUUAUAUAUAUAUAUAUAUAUAUAUAUAUAUAUAUAUUACACACACUCUGUGCAGAGUUUGUGUGUGUGUAAACUGGGUGGGGGGAGGGCAUUUGUAUUUAUAUAUUUUUUUUUUUUAUAUUUUACUGUAAUUAUUUUAAUAUUUUAAUGUUUGGGGUUUUUUUAAUGUUUUUUUUUUUUUUAAUUUAUAUUUUUAGCCCCCCUCCCUGCUUGUUGCAUGGCCAGGGAGGGGGGCUGUAACAUUUCCUGGUGGUCCAGUGGAUGGGCUGUGCAAGGGGGGCCGGAGCGUGCAGCUCCCUGUGUAAGUCUCGCGGUAACCCGUGGCAACACUCUGACGGCCGCGGGUCUCGCGAGACUUACACAGGGAGCUGCACGGAGCGGCUGUAAAGGUAAUUAACAGCUCGCUCCCGGGUAGGAUAGAGCGCAGGACAUUUGCAGCAGUAGCAGGGCGGCAUGGUGAGCUACUGGGUGAUAAAUCACAAUGUCCGAUUUUCGGCAGAUAUGAGCUGGUUUCGGACCGAAAUUUCGGUGCACACCUAGUUAAAACCUGAGUGACCUGGCACCCAGACCACUUCAAGUGGUCUCGGUGACUAUAGUGUCCCUUUAAAUUUAAAGGCAGGCCAUAUUAGAUAUAUUUUUGCCAGAAGCUCAAGGAAGCAAGGCAAAUGGUUAGAGUAGGACCCACCUAAGAGGCCUGCCUUGACAUGGCAGGUGGGCAUACCCUCUCAUGGCCACAUUGGAGGUAACUAAAAACCUCAAUUUGUUUAAAAAUACAUAGGGAUGUGGAAAGAGCGUCGGUAACUUUUUUUCUUUGGUUUUUACUAGAUGUCGUUUGGCUGAUGUGUACUAUGGUCAUUGCUGCUGCCCAGGAGUAAUGGGAGUUUGAGCGCAGGACUAGUUUCUUUGUAUUUAUCUUCUGUUCCUGUACAUCCAACUUGUCUUUUUUUUUUUUUUUUUUCAACUAAUUGUUUGCAGUGGCAACUUUAGGAAUAUAUAGAGCUGGCAAAUAAGAUACCACAGUCACAACAUAUGGCACAGAAUUAGCCACCCAGAAUUCUUGUCCUAAGCUGGCUAAUGUCACCUCUUAAUCCUUCAAUUGCUUAGCAGAUUACUCCCUUAUUUGCUAUUUUUAUGUGAGAUUGUCAUAUUCAAGAAAACUAAAUAAGGGAGCUAUUUGCUAAACGGAACCCUAAUUGUUCCUAUUGCACUUAGUGCUUCAAUGUGAGAAACUGCAAAGUUUACACGGCAGCACUGUCUGCCUCGAGUAGCUGUCUCCUAGACAGCCACUGGAAGUGCUUCCUGCAUUCAAACGGACCUUUUGGUCCGUUAACUGAAGCUGGGACAUCCUCACGCUCUGCAUGAGGUCAUCCAGCAUCAGAUUUUUUUCCCCAUAAGAAAGCAUUGACUAACUGCUUUCCAAUGGGUAGGGCUAAUACAUGCACUUGCUCGUCACGGGACAGAGGAGGUGGCGGAGCUGUGACCCAGUACCGAGGGAGAUCGGCGAUGGGAUAAGGUAAGUAAAUAAAGGGUUUUUAACCCUUUUAUUCACUGAGGGUGGGUGGAGUUAGAGGGAACUGUAGUGCCAAGAAUAAAGCUUUGUACUGGGUGGUGGGUUGUCUGUACUCCACCAAGAAGGUGUGCAUGUCAGACUCUGCAUGGUGGGAACCUGGCUACAUCGAAUACAUGAUCAAUCUUAUCCAAUGUCUAGUACAUAAGACCUAAUCUCCAUGUCAGGAGUUUAUAAAUCAGGUCUGCCAGUCCAUAAUAAAUCUGCUCUCUGUCUGUGUUUAGGUGAAUGCUCUGAUAGCCACCUCUGUGUUUUCUUGUUUUACCACUAUAAUCAUUAUCGUAUAUACAAGUCUAACUCUUGGAUAUGGAGAAGAUGAUGAUGACGUAUUUUCUCACACACCUGUCCAUGUUAUUCAAGCUGUAAGUACUCUUAUGAACUUUAUAUUAACAGCAACACAAUAUAGUGUAUACUCCAUUUUCCUAAAUCUAGAUGUGCAUUUUCCACACAAUUCUAUAAGCAUGAUAUAUAGUUAAAAUUGCAUCUAAGCCAUACUAUUCCCAUGGUUUGAAUAAUAUUCAUUGCCUGAGAGCUGUUGGCUGAAUAGUUUGAUUAUAUUGACAUCCGGUAGCAUCUAGAACCUCCAGGCAUUAUAAUCACUACAAGACACUAUAGUGGUUGUAAUUAAUGUGUAAAUAUUAAAGCAGCACUGUCAUCUCCACCUGAAUAAAUGUAGAAUCUUUAUAAAAUACUCAUUUUGAUUGUGUUGGUAUUUUAAUGAAAUUAUAACCCAGUCAAGAGAGCUACUGAGACAAAUUUGGGACUACUUUGUCUCUGUAUUUCUCCUUCUCAAUCCUGACAGCCAUCACAGUGAUGGAAGCAGGGAAUUGGCUGUCUAUGAAGGUCAUGUGGGAUCCUCUAUAGAUCUCAAUGCUGUACUCCUGCAUGCGCAGUGACCUUGGCUCUUUUUUUUUAAGAAUUACAUCACUGUGAAAUAAUAUGGGAAUUGGGUAUCGGCUGAUAUUCAGUAUUUUCAGCCGUAUCGGCCUAUAGAGAUACCAAUAUUGCCGAUAAAACAUACCAGGACCGCCGUGCCAAUGACCAGUUUGGUUGCCCUGGGGGGCCCACAGCAAGCUCUUACCUUCCCAGCAGCUCCCUUCAGCUCCCGUCUAACUCUCGUGUGUCCCGCUCCGCGCGGCACCUAGCACAAGAUUUAGUCAGGAGAGCUGAAAAGAGCUGCUGGGGAGGGAAGAGCUUUCUGCGGGCCCCCACUGCACAGACAAUGCCAUAUCCCCCCUCCCUGGCCAAGUGAAAAGCAGGGAGGGGGAAAUAAAAAACAAUUGUAAAAAAAUUUCAAAUGCCCCCUCCGACCCCCAAAUUACAAACCUGCAGAAACACACACACACACACACACAAACACCCACACACUCUGCAUUCGUUAUAUACAUACACUAUACAAACACACACUACACACACUGCAUUCACUUUACGCACACUACACAAACACACUCUGCAUUCAUUAUAUACACACAGCUCCCCUGUCUAAACACACUGCAUCCACUACAUGUGGCAUGUAUAUUUAGUUUAUUUAUUCAAAAUGGUAAAUGUAUAGAAUAUCAUUAACCUCUCGGCCUGAAAGUUCACAGAUUAUUGGUAUCUGCGCUAAAAAAUCUAUAUCAGUCGAUCCCUAAUGGGAAUACCGUGCUAAUUUACAAGUGGCAAAGGUAGUACUAUCACAAGGCUAACUCUAAAAAGCUGGUGGAAAAUAGUUUUGCUACAUGUUUGUUCUCUUCAUGACAUGAACUGGUUUAUGAUUAUAAAGAUGCUUAAAAAUGAGAAGUUACAAUCUCUGCUCGAUGUUCCAACUUCACACUAAAGCACCACAUUAACUUUUCUAGUGCAGGUUAAGAACUUGCUGCUUCAUUCUGCUAUUUAUAAAUUGUUACCAUCCAAAAAUGAUUUUAAUGUUGAAUGUUAGCUCCUCAAAAGGAUACUCCAUUGCCUAAAUAUAACAAAUUAAUCACUGUUUAGUAGAUAUACACCAAAUGAAAACAUGCGUGCAUUUAAGUUUUUGCAUAAUUUUUUCGAUUGUUCAAGUUUUAAACCAAAACAAAACCUAGACUUUGCUACAUGUUUGUUCCACCAUAGUUUAAAAGUGCACACAUACAGAGAAACCCUUAAAGGACAGCGCUUUCUUUUAAUAUCCUACAUGUAUACCAAACAACCCCCUUAUAUUUUUGCUUAUAAUACUUUUUACACAUAAAGUGCAACUAAAGAAAAAGAACUGAAAAUAGAUUCAUGUAUAAAUAUGGAUUCCGGUAAAUGCCUCAAAUGUCUCAUGUCUAGAAUCUAAAUGUGAAAAGAUUUCCCCUGUUUAUAAAAGAAUGAAGUUGUAUGGUUUGUGUUGAAUAGAGCAUUUCAUUUUAUCUUAAUUGAGGGUUGUUUCCUUUUUUACGUAGAAGUUCAUGCUUGGUCACCUUGUUAAAGGAGCAAAUAUAGCCAUUUUAAUAGCAUCCAUCUCCAGUCUCUGUGUGGCCCUGUGCACUGCCUAUAUUGGCUGUCUGAGUUUGCCGGAUUGUAUGUGCUAUGAUCACUCAACUGCUUCUGGUGUUUUAAUUCAGAAUCUCUUCUAG